UCCACAAUUGAGGCCAAAUAUCUAAAUCCCCAGAAUUUGCCCACCACUUUAUAACCCUCCACGUCCAUUUUCAACCAAAUCCCCACGAAACUCACUUCCCGUACUUCCAGAGAGAGAGAGAGAGAACUCAGAGCCACACUUGUCUAUCUCGCAGACUCUUGGAACAAGGUUGUUUUUUCUGUAUGUACGUGUGGUGGAGUUGUAUGAUAAAAUGGGGAAAGGUAGACCUAGGGCUGUUGAGAAGGGUGUGUCAGGGCAAAAUCUUAGUGUUUCGCCAUCUGGGUCAUUGAAUAUACCAUCUGGGCCUGUGUAUUAUCCAACUGAGGAUGAAUUUAGAGACCCUUUGGAGUAUAUAUGUAAGAUUAGGCCGGAGGCUGAGCCUUAUGGGAUUUGUAGGAUAGUUCCACCAAAGAAUUGGAAGCCCCCAUUUGCAUUGGAUGAGGGUUCCUUUACUUUUCCCACUAAAACACAAGCCAUUCACCAGUUACAGGCGCGGCCCGCCGCGUGUGACUCGGAGACUUUUGAGUUGGAGUAUGGUAGGUUUUUGGAUGAUCAUUGUGGGAAGAAGUCGAGGAAGAAGGUGGUUUUCGAGGGGGAGGAGUUGGAUUUGUGUAAAUUGUUUAAUGCCGUGAAGCGGUAUGGUGGUUAUGAUAAGGUUGUCAAGGAGAAGAAGUGGGGGGAGGUCUCGCGGUUCGUGAAGUCGGCAAGGAAGAUUUCUGAGUGUGCAAAGCAUGUGUUGUGUCAGUUGUAUCGAGAGCAUUUGUAUGAUUAUGAGAAAUAUUAUAAUCGGUUGAAUCGAAAGGCAGGUAGUGGUUGUAAGAGGAGAUUGCAUAAGGAGGGGAAGAGUGAACAUGAGGCUGAGUUUUCGGGCUCGAAAAGGAGGCGAAAGAAUAAUGGUGGGGAUAAAGUUAAGGUUUGUAAGGUAGAGGUGGAGGAAGAGCGUGAUCAGAUAUGUGAACAGUGCAGAAGUGGAUUGCAUGGGGAAGUGAUGCUUCUGUGUGAUAGGUGCAAUAAGGGGUGGCAUAUUUAUUGUCUUUCUCCGCCUUUAAAGCAGGUCCCACCUGGGAAUUGGUAUUGCUUAGAGUGCUUGAAUUCUGACAAGGAUUGCUUUGGUUUUGUGCCUGGUAAACGGUACUCAUUGGAAUCUUUUAGGCGUGCGGCCGAACGUGCCAAGAAGAGAUGGUUUGGGUCAGGAUUUCCUUCACGGGUUCAAAUUGAGAAAAAGUUCUGGGAAAUUGUGGAGGGAUCGGUUGGUGAGGUUGAAGUUAUGUAUGGUAGUGACUUGGAUACAUCUAUAUAUGGCAGUGGUUUUCCACGUGCAAAUGACCAGAGACCAGAAGCAGUUGAAGCUAAAGCUUGGGAUGAAUACUGCGAUAGUCCUUGGAAUCUUAAUAAAUUGCCUAAGUUGAAAGGGUCAAUGCUUCAAGCUCUUCAUCAAAACAUUACUGGUGUUAUGGUGCCCUGGCUGUAUAUUGGGAUGCUAUUCUCGGCUUUUUGCUGGCAUUUUGAAGAUCACUGUUUUUACUCAAUGAAUUAUCUACACUGGGGAGAGCCAAAAUGUUGGUACAGUGUCCCUGGUAAUCGAGCCAGUGCUUUUGAAGAGGUCAUGCAGAAGACUCUUCCCGAUCUUUUUGAUGCACAACCAGAUCUGCUCUUCCAGCUUGUCACCAUGUUGAAUCCAUCUGUCUUGCAAGAAAAUGGAGUUCCUGUCUAUAGCAUUCUACAGGAGCCUGGUAAUUUUGUCAUCACCUUCCCAAGAUCAUACCAUGGAGGUUUCAAUCUUGGUUUAAAUUGUGCCGAGGCCGUCAAUUUUGCUCCUGCUGACUGGCUGCCUCAUGGUGGAUUUGGAGCAGAUCGGUAUCGGGAGUAUCACAAAGCUGCUGUGUUGUCUCAUGAGGAGCUUCUUUGUGUUGCAGCCAAGCAGAGUGACUGCAAUAGGCGAGUAUCAUCUUAUCUGAAGGAAGAAUUGCUUAGAAUAUAUACUAACGAGAAAAGUUGUAGAGAGCGACUUUGGAAAAAUGGCAUUAUAAAAUCAUCUCCCAUGUCCCCUCGGAAAUGUCCUGAAUAUGUUGGUACUGAGGAGGAUCCAACAUGCAUUAUUUGCAAGCAGUAUCUUUAUCUCUCUGCAGUUGCUUGCCAGUGUAGGCCAUCUGCCUUUGUAUGUCUGCAGCAUUGGGAACGCCUUUGUGAAUGCAAAUCCAGUAAACUGCAUCUUCUUUAUCGUCAUACACUUGCUGAAUUGUAUGACUUAGUGCUUACAAUGGAUAAAUAUAGUUGUGAAGAGACGACACAAAGUAGAAAUAUACGGAGGCAAAUAUCUUGUUCCAUUGAACCAAAGGCUUUGAAAAAAAAGGUGAAUGGUGGCCAUGUUACUCUUGAUCAGCUUGCGGCACAAUGGCUUUUGCGUUCAGCUAAGAUUUUUCAGAGUCCAUUUUCAAGUGAAUCCUGUGUUGCCGCGUUGAAGGAAGCUGAACAGCUCCUUUGGGCUGGUUCUGAAAUGGAUUUGGUGCGAGACACAGUAAAGAAGUUGAUUAAAGCUCAGAAAUGGGCAGAAGGAAUAAGAGAUUGUGUAUCUAAAAUUGAAAACCGGUCACGUCAUUGCGAUGUUGAUCUGGAUAAAAUUCACUUUGAAUAUGUUGAAGAGUUGCUGAGUUUCAAUCCUUUGCCCUGUAAUGAGCCUGAGCGUCUCAAGUUGAAGGAGCAUGCAGAAGGGGCAAGACUGUUGAUUCAGAAAAUUGAUAAUGCUCUAUCAACAUGCACCAAGAUUUCUGUUUUGGAAUUCUUGUACUCCCAAACUUGUGACUUACCAAUUUAUGUAAAAGAGAUUGAGAAGUUAUCACUGAAAAUUUCUUCAGUAAAGGUCUGGAUAGAAAACGUAAGAAAAUGCAUCUCGGAGAAACAUCCUGCUGCAAUUGAGGUUGAUAUCCUCUACAAGUUAAAGUCACAGAUUUCUGAGCUUCAAGUUGAACUCCCAGAGACAGACAUGCUUCUAGACCUAUUAAGGCAAGCUGAAUUAUGUCGUGCUCAGUGUCGUGAGAUCUUGAAAGGUCCUAUUAGUCUAAAGAAUCUCGAAGUGCUUCUUCAAGAAUUGAAUAGUUGUACUGUUGACAUACCAGAGUUGAAGCUUCUGAGGCAAUACCAUAGUGAUGCUGUUUUAUGGAUCUCCCGCUUCAAUGAAGUCCUGGUGAACAUUAGUGAACGCGAGGAUCAGCACAAUGUGGUUGAUGAGUUAAAUUGCAUUCUCAAGGAUGGAGCAUCUUUAAGAAUUCAAGUUGAUGAAUUGCCUCUAGUUGGUGUUGAGUUGAAGAAGGCCUGUUGCAGGAAAAAAGCUCUUAAGGCACGACAUAUGAAAAUGUCUCUGGACUUCAUUCAGCAACUGACGAUGGAGGCUUCUGUGCUUGAGAUUGAGGUAGAGAAAUUAUUUGUUGAUAUGCCUGGAAUACUUGCUGUUGCCAUGCAUUGGGAAGAAAGAGCAAAAGAUAUUCUUGCACAUGAGGCUGCAUUGUGCGACUUUGAGGAUGCCAUAAGGGCUUCGGAAGACAUAUUUGUGGUUCUACCUUCUCUUAAUGAUGUCAAAGAUGCGGUGUUAAUAGCCAAGUCCUGGUUAAAGAAGUCAAAGCCCUUUUUAACUUCUGCUUUGUCUGAAGCUCCUGCCUCAAGCUCUUUGCUAGAAUUUGAGGUGUUGAAGGAGUUGGUUUCUCAGUCAAAGCUUCUGAAGAUAUCUUUGGACGAAAGAAGGGUGCUAGAAACAUUUUUGAAGAAGUGUGAGGAGUGGGUGUGUGACGCAUGUUCUCUACUGCAAGAUGUUGGACUCAUAUUUAAUAUGUGUAAUGUUGGUGAUGGAAUAGGCAACUGUGUUAUUUCCAAAGUGGAAUGUAUGGUUUCUAAAGUGGAAUCCACCAUGAAAAGUGGUUUAUCUCUUGGUUUUGACUUCCGUGAGAUUCCGGAACUUCAAGAUGCAUGCUCUACACUUCAAUGGUGCAAGAAGGCCCUUUCUUUCUGCUCUGGUGCUCCUGCUUUUGAGGAUGUUGAGAGCUUGAUGGAGUCUGUAGAGCAACUUCCCCAUUCACGUGCCUCUGGUCCUUUAUGCAGCUCGUUGAUUGUUGGCAUUAAAUGGUUUAAGAAAGCCGCAGAGGCAAUCUCUGUGCCACGCGGUUUCAAAAGAUGCAAUUUGAGUGAUGUUGAAGAAAUUCUUGCUGAGAAUACCAAUGUCUCCUUUCCAGUGAUGGUUGGUCAACUUGAAAAUUCUAUCCAGAAACAUAAGCUGUGGCAAGAACAAGUGCUUCAGUUUUUCAAUCUAAAGCUUGAGCAUCGAUCUUGGUCUCAAAUGCUAGAGCUCAAGGAACUUGGAAAUGCUGUUGCUUUUAGUUGCUCAGAACUUGAUAUGGUCUUAUUUAAAGUUGAAAGGGUUGAGAAGUGGGUGCAGCGCUGCAUAGAUGUGAUUGGAGAGAACAAUUCUUUGCUUGAUGCUUUACGAAAGAUAAAGCAGACUCUAGAUAGAUCUUUGUAUAUAUAUGACACGUCAUGCCCCUGUAAAACCAGAAACUUAUGUGUCUGCUGCUCCAAUGAUAAUGAUGACCUGGCGCUUCUUACUUGUUCUACAUGCAAGUACUGCUAUCAUUUGCGGUGCCUAGGACCAACGACAAUAGAUUCAAAUCAUGCCGAAGAGUAUAUUUGUUGUUAUUGCCAAAUUUUGGAGGGUGGAUCAAUUUUUCAAAAUAAAGGCGGUCCUAUGAGAUUGGGAGGGAAGCGUCCUGAAUUACAAAUGCUUGUUGAACUUCUAUCUGAUGCUAAAGACUUUUCUUUGUGGAUUGAGGAAAGAGAUGUAUUGGAACAGCUUGUGGAUCAAGCUCAAGCAUGCAGAACUUUCUUGACAGAAAUAGUCAAUUUUGCUUUAGCUUAUUUUGAUAAAGAUCUCGGUGUGGUCUCUGAAAAAUUAACUACUGCUCUUAAGGCCAUUGAAGUGGCAGGUCUUUAUGAUCAUCAAGCUAAUCACAGCCUUGAGCUGGCAUUAGCAAGAUACUCUUGGAGAUUCAAAGUCAAUAGGUUAUUAGGGGGUUUACAAAAGCCCACGAUCCAACAGAUUCAGCAGCAUUUGAAAGAGGGUCUUUCUAUGAGCAUUCCACCUGAAGAUUACUAUAGGCAAAGACUUACGGAAGUGAAGCGUAUUGGCUUGCAGUGGGCAGAACGUGCCAGGAAGGUUGCAACUGAUUCUGGAGUUCUCAGUUUAGAUAAAGUUUUUGAACUUAUCAUGGAAGGUGAAAAUUUGCCUUUUUACUUGGAGAAGGAAAUUAAGUUACUACGAGAACGAAGUAUGCUUUAUUGUAUUUGUCGAAAGCCAUAUGAUCAGAGAAAAAUGAUUGCUUGUGAUCAAUGUGAUGAGUGGUACCAUUUUGAUUGCAUUAACUUAGUUUCCACACCAAAGGUCUACAUCUGUCCUGCUUGUAAGCCUCAACAACAAGACUUGUCUGCAACACCUUCAGUUGAUCUUGAUAGAUCAAUUAGUGUCAAGUUUGUAGAGCCUAAAACACCUUCUCCUAUACAUACAAAGAAACUGAGAGAAGCUGAGCCUAGUCCAAGGCAAAAGAUGCUUUCAAUUACAGAUCAUAGUAAUAGUUUUAGCAGUGGGAUUGAAUGCUUAUGGUGGCGAAAUCGGAAGCCCUUCAGAAGAGCAGCAAAAAAACGUGCUGAGCUUGACAUUCUUUCUCCAUUUUUCCAUGUACAACAAUAAAACCGGAAGUAGAUGGUUAUCAAUCAUUUAAUUUAUUCAAUUGAUUUUUAUGGUUUCCGCUCAA